AUGGUAUUCCAGUAUAAGCGCGUUCUCCUCGUCGGUGCCACCGCUGGCAUUGGCGCGGCCAUGGCAGACAAGCUUGUUGAAGAAGGCGCCAAAGUCAUUGCCGUCGGUCGCCGUCAAGAACGUCUCGACGCUUUCGUUGCCAAGCACGGCCCGGAGCGUGCCAGCGCUAUUAAAUACGAUGUUACUGACCGAGCUGGCCUCGAUGCUUUCGUCAACAAGGUUGUCGAAACAUAUCCCGACUUGGACUGCGUCUUCCUCAACUCAGGAACCCAGACUCAAGCCAAGCUGACUCGGCCAGCCGAGAUUGAUCUCGAUGCUUUCCACCACGAAUUUGAAGUCAACUACAUUUCUGUCGUGAACCUCACAAUCAAGUUUCUGCCGCACCUUGAGAAGAAAGACUAUCCCACCAGCGUGAUUGUUACGGGAUCGCUUCUGUCACUGGUCCCCGCAUUUUUGAUGCCGGCAUACAGCGCAUCCAAGGCCGCUCUCCGAGCCUUCUUUGACUCUCUCCGGAGACAGCAUCAAGGCUUCUCAAAGAUCAAAUUCAUCGAACUUUUGCCUCCUGCCGUUCAAACUGAACUCCACGAUUACAUGGGCGUUGAGCGCGGCCGGGCCGUGGGCAUGCCGCUCGCUGAGUUUACUGAACAAGCAUACGCCGCGCUUGCCUCGGGCAAAGAGGAAAUCAUUAUCGGUAACCUCCACGGCGCUGCCGCAGAAGACGUUCAAAUAUUCUUGGAGAAGAGAAAAUUGAUGUUUGACAACUUGUCCAAUGCAAUGGCUCUGCACUUCCAACCAUAA